CACCUCUGCACCGUUUCCUUUCUCAUCUGUUUUUCUGUUGUCGCCGUCUUGAUCUGAUUUGUGGCGUCUGUUCUCCUCCCGCCUGUCCCUCCGUCUGUCUUCUUCCUCUACUCGUUCCUGGGAUGGAUCUCAAGACUGUUGUGACCCUCUCAACUCUUUUACUCAUCACUACUGCAGGCCAGACAUCACCUGGGCAAAACGGCACUGGUUCUGUCACCAACAGCACAUCCCCCAGUACCACCAGUCUCUUGCCUUCAACAUCCACCGCUGGCCCAAACUCUAACCCAAGCCGGCCUCUGGAUGCCCUGGGCCUCCUCACAAUCACAUGGUACAGGACAUGUGAAGGAGAUGUGAACCUGAACCUCUACCAUCCCUCCAUCUCCUCCCUGCCCGUUUGUCAUGGCAGUGGAACAAACUUUCAGAUUCUUUUGAGAAAUGUUUGUAAGAACCAAAAAGGCUGUACAGACACGCCGCCCUUGCUCAAAGUCCAAGGCCAUCAGAAAGGUUAUAACAUCACAGCGAGCGGAGCAGAAAAGUCAGACUGUGACACACUGAGGGUCCAAUGCACAGAUGUAGAUGUAGUCCAGGGACAGCUCCAGGCCUACAAAGUGGUGACAGCUUUGCUCUGCUGCUUUUUGCUGCUCCUGAUUCUGAUCCGCUUCACCAGACCCACCGUCAAAGCCCUGCAGAAGAGAUUUUCAGAGAGGAGGCAGAAUCGCUGGGUCGGACCUACACAGAGUCACAGUGUGUCUUACCAUCGAGGAAAAACUGCAGUUAAAACCAAUGACGCAGAGAAGAGAGUGUCCUACCCUGCUCUGGAGCGACUGGCAGUCAGUGACAGCAGAGAGCCUUCAUCCAACAGAAACAGUGGUUACAACUUCUGAAACGCCUGUUCUUCCUGCAUCAUCAUCAUCAUCAUCAUCAUCAUCAUCAUCAUCUUCAUCAUCUUCAUCAUUACCAUCUUUGGGUCAAACAUAUGUGUUAAUUUAACAGCACCUCUGUUUGUCUAGGUAUAACUUAUCAAGACAUUAUUCAGGAUGAUGUAAAACUGAUCAUUCACCUCUUGCUAUACCUGCAUUUUCUGCAUCACGUACUAAAACUUCAGGUGUAACAGUCAGUAUUUACAACUGUCAAUGUAUAAUAUCGUAUCUAAACUUAAUUUAGCAGCCUUUUUAUACAUGAAACUGGAAAUGAGCGCAGAACAAAUAAUGUCAAUCUGACUGAAGUUAUACUAAGAUGUCAUAUUUUAACGGAACCUUUAAAGUAAAACCACUUAUUAGCCACCAUUACAGUACAUUGUACUCAGAGAUUCUGCUUUUAGCAGUUAGCAUUGGAGCUACUUGUUAAAUGACCGCUGCUGGGCGCAGUGGUUGGCCAACCCGUUCUCACUUCCAACUUGUAAAAUACUGAUGCUUGGUCAGUGUCUCUCAGCGUCAGAUACCGACGCAAAAAUCACCCUUUAGCGUCUGUAUGGAACGCACCGGGCAUAGCAUCAGCUCGACCACGGCGCUUUAAGAUGAUGUAGUAUUAAGAGAGAGACAGUAGAGAGUAGUAUGAAAGACCUAAAUGUCACUGAAACGUACAUCUUUUGACCCCACCCAUGAUCUUUUCCUAAACAUAACUGUCUCGUACGUCCCGACCCAGAGUGCCAAAAACUGACACCAAGAGUCGCGUCUAAAUAUGACCCUAAAGACUCUUUGCGUCAACAACAAACGCCAAAGGCACCUGACCAAGCAUCGCUUUCUGACGCAAUGGGAGUCAGAAUGUGUUGGGUUGGCAUUCAGUGAACCUUCAUCCAAUGCACUGACUGCAGUGCUAUGGUCCUGAAGAGGGUUGGGUGUUGACUCUUGGAUAGGUUGAUGACUAGCUUGUUUGCCAAAAAGCUACAAUAUCAGACAGCUUUGGAGUUGUUAGAAGGUAUAUUUUUCACUUUAAGAUAGGCUAGCAGUUUCCUCCUUCCAGUUUGUAUGCUAGGAUAGAGGAAACGCAUUGCGGACCUAACUCUAUACAGGACAAACAGUGAUCAAACUGAGAAAAUCCCCAAAGUUUCCAAAAAGUUUGAAUAUUCCUUUAUUCAGAAGUUAUAAAAAAAAAUAUUAAACUGUGGGAAGAUGUAUUCAGUGAAAUCUGAUUCACUAACAUUGUAACAUAAGUUGUGUUUCUUUUGUUGACUGUGAUUUUUUGGAUUAAUACUGUAAACCUUUUGCUUUCAGUAAAAUGAUCUGAGUUGUGUUUGACCUGA